AUGAAGUCAGUCUUUUCCGUUGGUAACCGGGCGCCGUUCAGCACGCGUACAGCGUACUGUAUUUUUUUCUAAGGCAGAUUGACGUGUAUUUUCGGUCAUAUUCUGCGUGCAACAAACGGCGAUAAUGAAACCCAUUCUUCUUCAGGGCCAUGAGAGGUCCAUCACUCAGAUCAAAUACAACAGAGAAGGAGAUCUGCUGUUCUCGGUAGCCAAAGACCCAGUUGCGAACGUGUGGUACUCUGUCAAUGGAGAAAGACUUGGCACUUAUAAUGGACACACAGGUGCCGUCUGGUGUGUGGAUGUUGACUGGGACACAAAGAACGUGUUGACUGGAUCUGCUGAUAACAGCUGCAGGCUCUGGGACUGUGAGACAGGAAAGCAGUUGGCUCUGCUGGAGACCAGUUCAGCCGUGAGGACGUGUGGCUUUGACUUCAGUGGGAACAUCAUAAUGUUUUCUACAGACAAGCAGAUGGGCUACCAGUGCUAUCUCAACUAUUAUGACCUGCGUGACCCCCAACAAAUCGAGGACAACCAGCCAUACAUUUCUGUGCCCUGCAGUGAAUCCAAGAUCACCAGUGCUGUGUGGGGUCCGCUGGGGGAGUUUGUCAUCGCCGGCCAUGAAAAUGGAGAAAUUAACCAGUUCAGCGCAAAGUCAGGAGAGGUUCUGAAGAAGGCGAAGGAACACACCAAACACAUCAAUGACAUUCAGUCAUCAGUGGAUCUCACGAUGAUCAUCAGCGCCUCUAAAGACUGCACCGCCAAGAUGUUUGACUCCACAACACUCGAACACGUCAAAACCUUUAAGACAGAGAGACCUGUGAACUCUGCUGCUAUUUCACCCAUUAUGGACCAUGUGGUGAUGGGAGGUGGUCAGGAGGCCAUGGAAGUCACCACCACUUCUACUAGGAUUGGCAAAUUCGAGGCCAGGUUUUUCCAUGCAGCUUAUGAAGAGGAGUUUGGUCGUGUGAAGGGACAUUUCGGCCCUAUUAACUGCGUGGCCUUUCACCCCGAUGGGAAGAGUUACAGCAGCGGUGGAGAGGAUGGUUACGUCAGAAUUCAUUACUUUGAUCCCCAUUAUUUUGAUUUUGAGCUUGAAGCGUAAUAUCCAGAGACCUCCAGCAUUUUUAACACCGGUAACCGCAUAACUCAGCUGCACAAGAUCCACCAUGGACAUGGUGGUUUAUACACUCACUACCAUACAGAUAUUUUUUUUUGAGCAAUGUGUAUUUAAUGAACUUCACAUUCUCAAUAAACUGUUUGAGAUACAA